AUGAAUGAUGUGACUUAUGUUCAAUGGAGUCGUUAUACACAACCGGUUCUAAUCCUUUUCGGUACGUUUGGUGCUAUAUUCAACCAAAUCUUAUUUCACCGUCGAAAAUUAUUGCGAACCGCUUCAUGUUCGCUCUAUUUUCGAGUUAUAUCCAUCAAUGAUCUUCUAGUUCUCUACAUUAUCGUUUUCACACAAUGGCUCAAUGAUCAAUUUCAUUUUGAUCUCACAGUUAGAUCUGCGUGGCAUUGUAAAAUUCGAACAUACGCUACUUAUUGUCUCUAUGCUAUCUCCCCGUACUGUAUUGUUUUAGUUUGUAUCGAUCGCUUUUGUCGAACGUCGAAAUAUUCUCGGGUACGAACGAUAGCCACCCUGCGCACAGCGCAUCGACUCAUUUUCGUUAUCAUUUCUUUGAUCUGUUCACUUUAUAUUCACAUUCUUUUCCAGUUUAAUAUUAUCGAAGCUGCGUGUCGACCAUCAAGUUUAUCCUAUUACCGUUUUCUCGGUCAUUUUUUGGUCGUUUUCUAUUGCCUUCUUCCUCCGAUAUUAAUGACUGUGUUUUCCAGUUGGACGUUGAUCUUGCUGAGUAGCCGUCGUCGAAAGCAAAUUAAAAAAUAUCAAAUUAAAACUCAGCCUUUACGUAAACGUCGCUUCUAUCGUGAUUAUCAAUUGAUUAAAGUUCUCGUCCUGUAUGUCUCGACUAAUAUCAUUUGUACGUUACCAUUCUCCUUUCUAAUUCUGUUGGAUGUCUACCAAGCAAAUUUAGUCGAAAACCCAAUGCUCUAUAUCAAAUAUUCAGUUCUGCUGUGUAAUUUAAAUCAUUGUACGAGCUUUUUUAUUUAUACUCUAGGAACGCCAUUGUACCGUCGUGAAUUGAUACGAUUGAUUCAGUCAAUACGGAAACGUUUUCGUAUGUAG